GCACCGCGCCUUCCCCUGCAUCUCUCUCCCUUUCUCGCGUGCACGCGCAUGGGAUCUCUCGCAUCACUGUCGAAGUGGAACCCGGAGGAUGAUAUCCUGCUCAAGAAUGCUGUAGAAGCAGGUGCAUCUUUGGAGUCAUUAGCUAAAGGUGCAGUGUGUUUUUCCCAGAGGUUCACCCUUAAAGAAUUGCAAGACCGUUGGCAUUCUCUCGUUUUUGCUCCUGAAACCUCAUCAGGGGCCUCAACUCGUAUGCUCGAAUAUGAGGAGUUUGCUACAUGUUAUCCUAACAAAGUUAACCGAGCUUGCAGCAUAAAAGGGAAAUAUUUGGAAUCCAGGAAAAGAAAAGUGAAGAGUGUGAGAAGUCUUUACUAUGCCAAGAGGAAGCGUAUCAGAAGCAAACCAUUUGAGUCAAGUAAUCGUGACUUUGCACACUAUUCAGACAUAGCUAAUGGAAGUAUUUAUGGCUGUGGAGAUCAAUUAAACCUUCAGAAUCAACAUCAUGAAGAUAAUAUUUUUCCAGCUGAACAUAUAUUGAACUGCCAUGAGUCCUCACAGACCGGUUAUGACAAUGAACAAGGUGUCUUUCCUGAAAUACUUAGGUUUACCUCUAAUACUAUAAGGGGUUCUGAUGCUCAUCCUACCUGCCACACUGAGCAUAUUGGUUCAGUUGAAGAUGAAUGUUGUCCCAAUGGAAUAGUGGAUAGGGGCUAUCUAUAUGAUUUCAAAGAUAAUGUUUCACUCGAGUUAGUUGACAAAGAACAGUUGAACAAUGAGUUUUUGGAGGAGAAUCUACCUUCAUUCCAUGUUUCUAACGAUGAUCUUGAAGACAAAUUGAUCCAACCAUUGCCUACUGAUGACUCAUGUGACAAAGAUGCAACAGACACAAAACCCUUAGUUGCUACUUCUAAAAGUGAGAAUUAUGAUGCUAUUCAAGAAAACAAUAACACGGGCACACAUAUUCCUGGAUCAGGAGACACAGUCCAUCAGGUUGGAUGUUCAUCUACUUUACCUGUUGUGCCUCCUUUAGGGGAAAUUAGAAACAUUCCCUUAGAAAAUAUGCCUAUGGAUAUGCAUCUUGAAAGCUCAGGAGUUGUUGGAGUUGAUGCUAACAUUGAUAAAUUAGGAUGCAGUAAUAUGUCCUCAAAUGCCACUCGGGGUGAUGUUAUCUCUGAUGUUGGAUUAAGUUCACCUAUGAUCCAAGAAAAUGACCUCAUGGAUUUCUCUAGUGCAUUCAUGGAUUUUUCUGGUGAUGAUGGUCUCAUGUUUGUUGAUAUUGGCGAAAAAGAUACUGGAGAUUCAUCUUGUCUAAAUGGACUAAGCUCCAUUUUCUUAAGUUCUCCUAGUGAUUCACACGAAGAUUGUCCAGCUAAUUCAAAUGAUCCAGAAGAUAUAGUGAACUUGGAUGGUUUUAUUAAGAUUCCUGAUGGAGGCUUUCUUGAUGAAGCAAGCAAAGACAGUCAUCAGGUUGAUUUCCUCUAUAAGAAUGAUCUAAUUGACCAAUAUUCCUUGCAAAAUGUGCCAGUUGUAUCUUCAGAAGUCUCACUUUCUGCUGAACAUCAUCAAGGACCUCUAAUUUGCACACUGAACACUGAGGACCAUGAUAUACCAUGCAAUGAUGAUUUUCUUUUACCUACUCAAACAGCGACGCAAUUCUCUUCGCCUACUAAAUCAUUGUCUAGAAAUGUUGAGUGUUCUUUAGGGGAUUUUGGCAAAAUAGUACAGGAACAACUACCAAAUCCACAACCAAUUGUGUCUAGCACUGCAUUACUGCCUUCUUCGUUACCCAAAGUAGGAUUCUUGCACUUAUCUAAUGAUGGCAGGCUAGAAGCUAAAUCGUUUGAAAGGACCAUCAUGGCUGGUGUAUCUGGAGAUGCAGGCUUUGAUGCUAAUGAAAGAAAGGCUUGCAUACAGCCUAUAUUAUCACAUUCUGUGGCAGGUGGUUCUUUGCAUGGAGAAAAUGCAACUCAUAAUUUAGAAAAACAUUGUAACUUUGAUGCUUCUAUCAAUCCAUCUCUGGAUAAUUCAGCCCCUGGACAUGAUCGUGAUAAACAUUACACAUUAAUAGCUGGUGGUUGUAAACCUGAAUUUGAUAUACAAGGUACCAUAGAAAAUUAUGCUCCACCGCAUUCAGAACUAGCUAUGUCUAACUUGGGCAAUUCACAACCCAUCCCAGCUCUCUCUACUUCAGAUCAAGAGGUUCAGGAUUCUGAAAUUGAAGAUGAUGUACCCUAUUUUGCUGAUGUUGAAGCAUUGAUACUUGAUAUGGAUCUAGGUCCAUAUGAUCAAGAAUCUUGUCUAUUUACCAAAGAAGUUUCACUUUAUCAGCCUCUAGAGAGCAGGAAGGCAAUGAUGAAGUUGGAGCAAGGCGCCCGUUCUUUUAUGAACAGGAAAAUAUCAGUGCACGAUUCGUUUGCAGUUUUUUAUGGUCGCUUUAUGAAGUACUUCUUUAAAAAGCGUGAGGUUCUACUUGGGAGAGGGACAAGUGAAAGAGAAGUUGAUAUUGACUUGAGAGAAGAAGGACAUGUUAAUAAGAUAUCUCGACGCCAGGCAAUAUUUAAGAUGGAAGAAGAUGGAUCCAUUUUCUUAAAGAACAUCGGCAAAUGUCCUAUCUUUGUCAACAGCAAAGAAGUUGCAACAAAAAAAAGGAUACUUUUAGAUUCUAGUUCAUUGAUUGAGAUCAGAGAUUUCACCUUCAUGUUUGAGGUGAAUGAGAGUGCUGUGAGGCAGUAUGUUGCCAGGGCAGCAGCGGCCCAUCAAAGCCAGGUUUUGAAAUUUGACUGGUUACCUGAUGAGAAACCAUAAGCAAAUCCAACACCAGCAUUUUCACUCUUUCUUCCUCCACUUGAAAUCAUUGUGUCCUUCGCGUAUUAACAUCCACAUAUGUAGUUAAAAGCCCAGCUGCAGUAAAUUUGUUUAUACCGUAUUUUUGUAUUAGGUUUCCAUUUCUAUUUGAGUCGAUCCUUCAUGUUUCCAUUUCCAAAUUAAGUCUGCUGAUUGAAUCUUUUUAGAGUAGACUUAUAGAUUUCCAGAUAGCCUCAAUUGAUCAAUCUCACGCAGCGGUCCAUAUAUCAAUUCUUGAAUAAUGAUUCACUGACUCAAGAUGCUUGUGGAGGAAUGCUAAGAUUGAAUUUUUGAAGGUCGCAGCAGGAGAAAAUGAGGCAGAUCCCAAAGUUGUUUCAAAGUUGACAGACAGGUAAGUUGUAAAGUUGAUAAAAAAACUGCAAAUUCCUGCAUAAUUAGAAUUGUUAAUCUCCUCUUUCUGUGAGGAAUUCAUUCUUUUUUCGAUGGUCAUGGCCUCUUUAGUCUGUAUGUAUUUAUCAAUCGCUAUUGUGGCUUUGUAAUGCUUUUACAUGUGUGAAGGUUGUUUUUUCUUGAAGGUAAUUAAGUAGGAGGGAAAUAGGUGGAUGGAAAA